AUGGACUUUUCACAAUUCAACGGAACAGAGCAAGCUCACAUGACAAAAGUCAUCGAGAAGAAGCAGAUGCAAGACUUCAUGAGACUUUAUUCUGGUUUAGUAGAAAGAUGUUUCAAUUCUUGCGCUCAAGAUUUCACCUCAAAAGCAUUGACUACCAAUGAAUCUACGUGCGUUCAAAAUUGUACCGAUAAAUUCUUGAAACAUUCAGAACGAGUAGGAGCUAGAUUUGCGGAACAUAACGCUGAGCAAAUGCAAGGCAAAUAA